UCGUGUUCGCGUGCAUCCCACAUACGCCCAAAUUACGCACAUAGGGCUCCUGUUUACAUGCCAAACCCAAGGAAAACGUACACUGGUGAUGUCAGCAUCAUGGUACAAUUUAAAGAGGAGUCUCAAAGAGGAGUUUCGUGACAGCUUCACACUGCUGGUUAUAAUAAUAGCGAGAGAUUUGUGGAGCAGACCGCACUCUCGCGAUGGAGCCGCGCGCCGCCAAAAGAGAAAUCAUUCAGAGGGUGUUUGUGAACCGGAGUUUGACGCUUGAAAACAUCAAGUGCUAUGGCUUCGACAUGGAUUACACUCUGGCAGUGUAUAAGUCUCCAGAGUAUGAGAGUCUGGGCUUUGAGCUGCUCAGGGACAGGCUGGUGUCAAUGGGAUAUCCACACGAGCUGCUGGGCUAUAUGUACGACCCCACCUUCCCCACGCGAGGUCUGGUGUACGAUACCACGUAUGGGAACCUGUUGAAAAUAGACUCCAAUGGAAACAUCCUGGUAUGCACUCACGGCUUUGAGUACCUGAGAGGCGGACAGGUCGAUGAGUAUUAUCCAAACAAGUUCAUCCAGAGGGACGACACGAACCGCUUUUACGUCCUCAACACGCUUUUCAACCUUCCAGAGACGUAUCUGUAUGCGUGCCUGGUUGACUUUUUCACCAAAAGCAGCAGAUACAAAAAUUGCUUGAAAGGGUUCAAACACGGCGACUUGUUCAUGUCACACAGAAGCAUGUUUCAGGACAUUAGGGAUGCCAUGGAUUACCUUCACGACACGCCUCAUCUUCCUGUGUUACUGAGCCGCAUCAAGGAGGUCGCCAAAGUGUUCCUGGCCACCAACAGCGACUUCAAUUACACCGAGGCAAUUAUGAAAUACUUACUGGAUUUUCCGUCUGGCUCUAAGAACCCCAAGAAACUGUGGCGCUCAUACUUUGAUCUGGUGGUGGUGGACACGAAGAAGCCCUUGUUCUUUGCAGGGGGGACAGUGUUACGACAGGUAGACACGGACACUGGGAAGCUGCGUAUCGGCACAUACACCGGAAUCCUUCAGCAUGGGACAGUGUAUUCUGGAGGAUCUUCUGACAUUGUCUGUGAUUUGCUGGAUGUUAGGGGGAAAGACAUCCUCUAUGUGGGGGAUCACAUCUUUGGCGAUAUCCUCAAGUCAAAGAAACGUCAAGGCUGGAAGACUUUCCUGGUGGUUCCUGAGCUUGUGAAAGAGCUGCACGUGUGGGCUGACAAAGCCAGUAUGUUUGAGGAGUUAAAACAUCUUGACAUCUUCCUUGCAGAAUUGUAUCAGCAUUUGGACAGUGGAAGUCAAGAGUGCCCAGAUAUUAGUGCAAUUCAGAACAGGAUAAAGAUGGUGACGUAUGGCAUGGAUCUGUGCUAUGGGAAAAUGGGCAGUCUUUUACGCUGUGGUUCCACCAAAACCCUCUUUGCCUGUCAGUUACUGCGCUAUGCGGAUAUAUACUCUACCUCCUGCCUCAACCUCCUAAACUACCCCUUCAGCUACCUCUUCAGAGCCCCUCUUGUCCUGCUGCCACAUGAGGCCGCUGUGGAGUCUCAGACUAAAGAGCAGAUCACAGAGCUGUCAGAGCACGUGCUCAAAACCACCAGCAUCAAGCGGCAAUGUGAGUGUGAAGACGGUGACUGUGGACAAGAAGAUAAUUGUGCCCAAAAUAACCCACCUACCUCCACAGAGACAUGAGGACUGAGUUCUUUCCUUUUUUUUACUGCUCUAAAUAUGAGCUUUUUAUCAAGUGUGCAUAUACGUUUCACUUUAACAUUUUCCAAUCCUGCCUUAAAACUGUGUAUUUAUGUGGCUGAGUUGCAGUAUUAGUUUUAACUUGAGUAUGAUUCCACUUCUGGCAGGUAAUUGUGAUUAAAAGGAAUUUGCCAAGUUCUUUAAGUUAACAGCUUUUGUGUUGUUAUUUGUAAAGCAAGUGUAAAAUCUUUAUUUAACCAUUUUAUUAAACUUUUAUAUUCAGUGUAUUUAAUUUAAGACCUUUGAUAGAAUGUAACUCAGUCUUUUGUCCGUCAGUCAUGAAUGCAUGGAAACUGAAGAACUGGAUUGCAGGAUUUUUGAAGUCAAAUGUUUAUUUGCAUAUGUUUAUAAUAUCUCCUCCCAUGUGACAGAAUCCCAUACAAUAAUGCAGGGAUUGACAUAUAAUUGAGUAGAAAGUAACUUUAAAAAUGUUUCUAUGAUUUAAUAAGCCUAUAUUUGUGCAUUUACAAGCUAUUUUUCAUAAGCAUACUGAAAAAAAUAUUAAAG